AUGGGUUGGUUACAGCCGCUUUUAGUGAUGUGCGGAGAUGGCACUUGCUGCUGCAUGCCACAGAGAAGUGUUAUCGCACUUAUAUCUAUUAUUAGUUUGCUGGCAAGUGUUCUAGAUGCCAUGACCAAUGACACUAACACCUGCUGGUACCAAUGCCAGCAGACACAGGUGAUGGAACAUGUGCAGUCGCUACGAUCACUCCUCGUCACACUGUUCCAGAUGGCCAAUCUUUUAUUGCUGGUGGCGUCUGUUGUUGAGAGUGCAGUGCUUGUCCAGGUUUACGUGUGGUAUACCCUCGGGUUCGUUGUAAUGGAGUUAAUGGUCACCAUGAUGGAGUUCUUGUACAAGUUUAAGAUGCAAAGCCGUUCCUCCUUCAUAGAAUUCAUCGUGGAAGUCAGCUUUUUAUUUGUUAUAUGCCGCUGCUUACCCCUUGUGGAUACUUACAGAAAACAUCUCGAAGACCACAUAUAA